AUGCAGUUCUUAUUGAAAUAUUUCAGUGAAGUUUUCAUGGGUCUUGAUGUUACCCCAUUAGAAAAUGACCAACCAAUUCGUGGUGGAUUCUACAAAAGUUCACAAAUAUUUAUACCACUUGCAGAAUUUAUGAAUGUUCCAUUAGAUCAGAUCAACUAUGUUGUUAGUGGAGUGAUUAGUUUUGGUCUGAGUCAAUUAAUGCGACGUUGGUUAUCACCUCAAAAAUGCUCUCCACGAAUUCGUGCACUUUUUGAAACUUUAUUUGGUUUAUUGUUAUUAUCAUUUUGUUUUGGUAAUCAAUUGCGUGUAUUAUUGAUACAAUCAAGCAUUGCUUAUCUAUUCAUGAUAUGUUUACCUAGUAAUCAUUUCAUGGCUGUAAUAGUGACAAUUUGGUCGUUGUUUUAUCUUACAUUAGUACAUCUUUGUCGAUUGAAAUAUGAUUACGGCGGAUAUACACUAGAUAUUUCUGGACCAGUAAUGGUACAAACUCAACGUCUAUCUAGUUUAGCAUUUAAUCUUGUCGAUGGUGUAUUAACACGUAAAAUGUCCAGUCCAAAUUAUUGUAAAUCACAACAACAGAAACAACAAUCUAAUUGUUCCGCCAAUGAAAUAAUCAAUCCUGAUGAAACUGUGAAACAAUUGCCCUCUUGCCGCAGACGGAACACAUUCACCGCACUUGAAGAAACUAUAAAAACACCAACAGCAAUGAUAAUAACUUCAAAAUUAGAUUCAAACACCAACCAUCAUCCUGCGCCAAAUCAUUGUAACUCAACACAACAUAAUACUGCUAUUGCAUCAAACAAUCAUUCUGUCAUGAUGAAUAUGCCUACUAGUCAUAAAUUACAUGCUGUUGAAAAAACUCCAGAUCCAAUUAUAUUUUUUGCUUAUAUGCUUUAUUUCCAUGGUGUACUUAUUGGACCCUUCACAUUUUUUUCCGAAUAUAUGGAUUAUCUUAAAGGUUACACAAGUAGAGAAUUGCCUCCAAUCAAUAUGCGUUAUCUAAUCACCUUAUUUCUACGUACAGUAGCUUCGGGUCUAUCAGCUGCCUAUUUGUGUCCUUAUUUCCCGUUUGAAUUUGUAUUAACUGACGCAUUUACAAAUUAUUCUAUGUUACAUCGUAUUCUAUACGUAACUAUUUCUCUAUUCUUAAUACGACAAAAAUAUUACUUUGCAUGGGGUUUAACUGAAGUCAACGGAGUAGCUAUCGGUGCCGGUUAUACUGGUCAGUGUCCACGUACUGGUGCUACAUUAAAUCAUAAUAUUCGUAAUUUCGAUUUUAUAAAAGUUGAAACUGGUAUUAGUUUAAAAGAUGUGAUUGAUGCAUGGAAUAUUUCGACCACACGAUGGUUACGUGAAACAUUUUAUGAUCGUCUUCCAUUGGCCUAUCGUACAAUUCUUGUCUUUAUUAUCAGUGCUUUUUGGCAUGGUUUUUAUCCGGGCUAUUAUAUUAUGUUUUUAUCAUUUGCUUUAUUCACUAUGACCGCACGUAUAUGGCGUCGUCAUUGUCGUCAAUAUUUUCGUAGAACUCAUCUAUCUAGUCAACUCUAUGAUAUAUUCACUAUGAUUAUUACUAAUUUUAUAGUGAAUUAUGGUCAAGCACCAUUUCAUGUAUUAGAUUUCUAUGCAUCGUUGAAAUUUUUACAUGUAUUCUAUUUUAUGCCACAUCUAAUUGCUUCCAGUAUUUUGUUUAUAUAUUUUUCCAAAGUCUACAUUAUGAAAUUAGCCAUAAAAUAUCAGGUUCAUAUUAAAAAGUUUGAAUAUCAUAACAACAACAACAACAUUGAUGAUAAAUGUCAAAAAUUAUCAAUUUCUUCAAACCAUGAUCGUAGUAUUGGUGGACAUUAG